AUGGAGACAGUAAGGAUGAAUGAUAUUAUUUCAUUGGAUCUGAUAGAUAUGAGCUCGGAUGAAGAGAAUCCAUCAGAUGAUUAUACGAAUGCAGGCAACAAGCCCCCAGAAAUUAGAGAAGUAAACGAUGAAACCAUCACAACUAGCAAUUUAAAGGAGGACUUAUUUAAUCCGUUUGAUCUACUACCUAGCAAAAAUGAGAUAUCCGACUUGGAAAAUGUAAAGUCAAGUUUAAGUAAUAAAAAUGAGAAAAGGAAUCAACUACAGAAUGAAGAGCUUCAUAAUGGAGAGAAAAUCCAAAGUUUUAGACAUAUCUCAUAUGGAAAUACAUUGGAAACUUUACAUUUAGAGAAGGAUAAUUCCUUAAAAAGCGAUAUUGGAAGCAAUAAUGAUUUUACUCUAAGUGAUAUUAAUAAGGAAAAAUAUAAUGAGCUUUCUGACACUACUGAUAGAACAACAGUUCCGCCAAUAGAAACCCACAGAGACGAUUUGAAGGUUAACCAAGUCACUAAGAAAAAUAUUAAGGAUAUCAAUACAACUGUAAUUAGCAGCAAUAUAAGAACUAUUGAUGAUACAACUCCUAUUCUCCCGAAUUCUGAUCAUAAAGAAACCUUAGAUAAUGUUGCUUCCAAUCUAAAUGAAACUACUACAGCCAGUAGCCCAGUUCUGGGCAGUAAGAGCAACAAAAUUUUCACGGAAUAUGACUUCCAAAACAAUGAACUUUCAAAUACCCAAGGUAAGUAUAUUAUUAAUGAACCUCAAACUAUUAUUGAUUUAGACUUGGAUGAUGAUAGCCAAAUAAGUUCUUCAUCUAUUCUUAAUAAUGAAAGCAAAAAACAACAAGACAAUACUUCUAUUACAUUUCCAACUUCUAAAUCAAAUGGUAAGAGAAGACUUGAUGAAAAUAUUACUGAGCAGAGAGAGAAAAAACAAAUGCUGAAUGAAACAAACUUAAUAUCUGGGAAUCAUUCUAACUAUGAUUCUAUUCCACAUGAAGUAAUAAAUUUAAGUGAUGAUGAUUAUGAGGAAGUUAACUUUAAUGAUAAAAAAUUGAAAUCAGAAUCAACAAAUAACCAAAGCUUAUUAUCUGAUUUGGAUCAAGACCAAACACAAUCUAUUGAAGAUCUAGAAAAAGAAUAUAAUAAACUAGCUUCUGAAGUUGAAGAGCACAAAAAAAGAUGA